UGUCUAUGACGCAUUACAAAAGAAAUAUCUCAAGACCCUUCUCUUUUGUAUAUGUGAGAAGGAAGGUCUAAUGAUCGAGGAGUACGCCUUCUCAUUUAGCUACCCCAACUCGAAUGGUGAGGAAGUUGUAAUGAACCUGAGUCGCACAGGGGAUACGAAGAAUAGUGCUACAUUCAAGUCAAAUGCAGAAGAAGUCACUACUGACGAGAUGAGGGAGUCUGCUUGUAAGAUGAUCAGAAUGCUGGUUUCACUUAUGAGCACCUUGUAGCGAAUUCCAGAUCAGCGUGUCACUCUAAUGAAGCUGCUAUACUAUGAUGAUGUCACACCUGAGGAUUACGAGGCUCCCUUCUUUAAGUCUUGUCUUGAUAGUGAGACCUUAGAUAUAUGGAACAUGAAUCCCUCAAAGAUCAAGAAGGGGAGUGCCAAUAGCAAGCAUAUUGUGUUAACUUUAAAGAUUAAUUCUCAGCUUGACCCAUAUAACACUGAAGAUGACAACAUCAGCUUAGAAAAUGACAUCGAGGUGAAUCUUGUUAAGAGCUUUGGACAUCUCUGUUGCAUAUCUAGGAGACCCCCAGUUUUUUACCUUGACUCUGGCGCUGGCACUCAUAUAUGUAAUAAUAAGGCUUACAUGAAGGACCUGAAGCCUAUUGAGGAAAAUAAUCGGGUUACACUUCACUCUGCUGAUGGUGGAAAGUUUACGGCAGAGGAAAUGGGAUUGAUUGCAUUCGAAAAUAUUAAUUUGAGUCAAGUAUCGUAUAUUCCAUAUCUGCCAUUCAACCUAAUCUCUGUGGGGCAACUGGAUGAGGAUGAUUUACUCAUUUCAAUUGUGGAUGGUCAGUUCCAAAUCAUUGAUUUACAGAACUGCAGAGUUGUUGGUGAGGGAUACAGGGACUCCGAAAACAAAGAUUAUGUUGUUAGAAGUAUCAGCUGGGUACAUCCAGACAGGGAAAUACAGUCCGAACAAUUUGAGGCGGAUGAAGAAGAUGAUGUUGCUGCAACUGAUCCAGAAAAGGAUGGGGAUUAUGAGAAAUGGAUCAUUGAUUCAAUGUGUGCUGCCCACCUGACUGGCAGAAAGGAUGUUCUGAAGAAGAUCAAACGUUGCGAACAAGUUUUCACUUCCCCCAAGGACAGAAUAAUGACCACUCACAGUGGGGUUUUGAGAAUUAAAAAUCUAAAAUUGCCCAAGGUUCUGUACUCUCCAGACAUCAAACAAAACCUGAUAUCAGUUGGAUCACUUGAUGGUGAAGGAUAUCGGUUUGCUUUUCACCAUGGAAAAUGUGGUAUCGUGUGUGAAGGUACAUUAAAACACUGUGGCUCUGGGACCAGAAACAAGAAGAAGAACAUGUACUAUCUCGAUGAAUUCAUCCCUGAAAAAACUCUGAACACCAACAGGAAAAGGAAAAAACGACGUUGAGCAUCUCCUGAUGCUCCAUUCAGUUCCAGGUGUGGGAGCUUCAUGGCCCUUAGAAGAAUUGUAGUAAAUGAAGUCUAGAAGAAAGGACUUCUGCAAAUUUUCUUUAGAGCUAUACCUGAACUUCUUGCGACAAAGAACUUGUCCGUUGAAAUGGUGAAAUAUUGAAUGAUUGUUUUGUGGAGGGUUGCACCAUUAUGUACUGUUGUUUCUGGACCAAGCUUCUCUUUGAAGCCUUUUGUACUUGUACGAAUUGUACUUUCUUGAGCAUUCAACUUAUCUUGGAGACUAUCCUGUUUUCGCAUUUUCUUUUUCUGUUGUUAGAUAGUUUU